ACCUCUCCUCGGCUAGUGGAAGCAUCAAUCAAUCAUGGCACCAACACUUACGCGCCUUAUCUUAAGCCCUUCCUCCAUUCUCAUUUCCCUCUCGUCGUUCCGUCCAAAACCGCCAUUUUUGAAUCAUCAAAAUGAACUUCUUCAACAAAAUUAUGGAAUUAAAUUCCGCCGUAGAGAUUGCGCCUUGCUUUCAUUUCUCAGUCUCAUGCCUUCUCUCUCUCAACCUGACCUAGCCAAUGCUUUCUCCAUUGGAAUUUCAGGACCGAAGGAUUGGCUUAAAGAACAAAAGAAGAAGUCCUCCAAGUUUCUUUUGGCCCCAAUCGAUGCCUCACGAAAAAUCCUAAACACCGCCUAUCUAUCACUCAUGGCUAGAGAAUCGGACUAUACGGAGAAAGAAUUAAAGGAGGUCCAAACCAUGUUGAAAUCUGCAGCUAGAGACUGCAUUCCUCAAGAGAGGAACGCUUUUGUUGCAUUUCAAGCCAAUACAGGUGUAGAGGUUUGCACAUUCCGUUUGAUAGUGAAAAAUGCUGCAUCAUUGCUUGAUGAUAAGGAUCCUAAAAAAUUGGAAGCUGAAGCUAUUUUGGAUGAUCUUAUAAGAUCUUUUGCUUUGCUCAACAGUGUGGCUGGUGAUGUUGAUACCAAACUCCCUUCGUCAAGAAGACAGAAGUUGGCGGAUGCUCUCAUGGAUACUGUUGCUUCCCUUGACAAACUUGAGCAAGGCAUUAAGGACUGCCUCGAAGUCUAGCCAUUCUGGUUUUUUCCUGCAGUUAAAACCUAUGUUCUAUAUUCUGUUUCAAGGUUUUGCAAUGCUUUUGUUUUCUGGAGUGUUCUUUACCCUUCUAGGUUUUGCAACUGUGAAAGUCUAUCUAUUUCCACUUGGUCUUUGAUGUCUCUGUUUGUUUUCAUUUCCAUUUUAUUCCUUUUAUCUUGUUUUUGGUUUUAUAUCCUUUGGUUUAUUACUGCAAGCUACUGUAGUAUUAUUGUGGAAAAUAAGAUAAAUGUUACUUCAUCA